CGUGACGGCAAAGUGUGCGUACCGAGGGGCGGGGGCUCGGAGCCGGAGUGGGGUCCGCGCGGGGCCUCCCUGCCGGUGGGAGUGUCCGCGCAGCUCACCAUGUUCCGCUACCAGUCCCUGGAGGACUGUCCUCUGGAUGAAGAUGAAGAUGCCUUUCAGACCCUGGGCGAGGAGGAUGAAGAUAUCGACCAGUUCAAUGAUGACACGUUUGGAGCCGGUGCUAUUGAUGAUGACUGGCAGGAGGCACAUGAGCGGCUUGCGGAACUGGAAGACAAGCCUGCAACAGCUAGAGAGCUGGAAGAUGGGGCAGUCAGUGAUGAGAUGGAGCUGCUGGGGCACCAUGAGGAGAACCUGGCUGAGAGGUUGAGCAAGCUGGUUAUCGAGAACGAGUUGGAAGAUCCAGCCAUCAUGCAGGCUGUGCAAACCCAGCCUCCAAUGCAGCAGCCAGGAGGCCUCAACUCCAGCAUCUGGGAUGGAUCUGCAGUUCUGAGGCGCUUCCGAGGACCACUUCUCACUCAGGAGAUGCCCUCGGUGUCUGUGCUGGAAUAUGCUAUGCCUCAGAGACCCCCGCAGAGUCAGGAGGAUGAUCGGGACCUCUCGGAGCGGGCGUUGCCCAGGCGCUCGUCCUCCCCCAUCAUUGGGAGUCCCCCUGUCAGGGCUGUCCCCAUCGGCACCCCACCAAAGCAGGCCACCGUGCCCAACUUCAACCAGCAGAUCCUAUGUCCGAAGCCUGUUCACAUCCGGGCCCCGAUGCAACAGCGUUAUCCUUCCCCCUACGGCGAGAGGAUGUCCCCAAACCAGCUCUGUAAUGUCCCGAAUUCUUCUCUCCUGGGCCACCCGUUCCCUCCCAGCGUCACUCCUGUUUUCACCCACCUUCAGAGAGCGCAGCUUCUAGGAGGAGCACAGGCUGGACGAAUGUCUCCCAGCCAGUUUGCUCGUGUCUCUGGACUUGUUUGCAGCCCCCUCACCUCCAUGAACCCCAAGUUGCUUCAAGGCAGAGUUGGGCAGAUGAUGCCUCCAGCCAGUAGGUUCCGUGCCUUUUUUGGGGCACCACCGCCUCCCGCGCCACCCCCAUCCCAGCAGCAGCACCCCCUAUGUCCUGGGUCCCACUUGCAGAACCUAAGGCCUCACCCGCAGGUGUUCAGACCAGAUACAACUCACCUUCACCCACAGCAUCGGCGGCUCUUACAUCAGAGACAGCAGCAGAACAGGACUCAGCACCGGAGUCUGAAUGGCUCAGCAGGGGACCGAGCUGGCCACCGGAGCAGCCAUCACGAGCAGCUCCGGAAGGACCCCUAUGCCAAUCUCAUGUUGCAGCGGGAAAAGGACUGGGUAUCAAAGAUCCAGAUGAUGCAGUUGCAAAGCACUGACCCUUACCUGGAUGACUUCUACUAUCAGAAUUACUUCCAGAAGCUGGAAAAAGUGUCAGCGGCAGAGGAGAUGCACGGUGAUGGCCCCAAGAAAGAACGUACUAAACUCAUCACACCCCAAGUGGCCAAGUUAGAGCAUGCCUACAAGCCAGUGCAGUUUGAGGGCUCGCUGGGGAAGCUCACAGUCUCCAGUGUAAAUAACCCCCGGAAAAUGAUUGACGCGGUGGUGACCUCCCGCAGCGAGGACGAUGAGACGAAGGAGAAGCAGGUUCGAGACAAGAGACGUCAGACCCUCGUCACCAUUGAGAAGACGUACAGCCUCCUCCUGGAUGUGGAGGACUACGAGAGGCGCUACCUCCUGAGCCUGGAGGGGGAGCGGCCGGCCCUGAUGGAGGAGAGAAAGCAGAAGAUCUGUGACAUGUAUGACAAUCUGAGAGGGAAAACACCUGGCCAAGAGAGGCCAAGUGACGACCACUUUGUGCAAAUCAUGUGUAUCCGGAAAGGGAAGCGUAUGGUUGCCCGGAUCCUGCCCUUUCUGUCCACGGAGCAAGCGGCUGACAUACUCAUGGCAACAGCCAGAAACCUGCCCUUCCUGAUAAAGAAGGAUGCUCAGGAUGAGGUGCUGCUGUGCCUGUUGAGGCCCUUCUCUCUCGUUCUCUAUCAUCUUCCGUCGGGGACAGUCACCAGCCUUCUGCAGCAGCUAGCGAACCUACCUCAGAGCGCCACGGUGCCAGCACCUGCCAACCUGCAUCUCGCAGCUGUGCUCCAGAACAAGUUUGGCCUGUCCCUGCUGUACUUGGUCCUGAGUCGUGGGGAGGAAUUGCAGAAUUCCAGUGCUGCUGUGGAGCUAAUGCAGGACAACCAGUGGACGGAGCUGAUGUCCAUGGCAACCCGAGAGCUUCUGCGGAUCCCUGAAGCAGCGCUGGCAAAGCCAGUAUCCACCCCCUCUAACCUGCUAUCCCUUUUUUCUCGCUAUGUUGAUCAGCAGAAGCUGAACGUAUUGGAGACAAAGUUGCAGUUAGUGCAGGGGAUACGGUAGGAGGUCUUGAUGGGUCCUCAAUGCCGGCUGCCAUCCUUGCCGCCACCACCACCACCAGAGGAUUGCAGUGGAGGAGGGGAGGCAGUUGCUCCCCUGAAGCAAACCCUUGUGGGAUUUUUCUCUUGGAUAUCUGGCACAGGAGACCUCUCUUUUGCUCUGUGAACUUGGUUGGGUGUGUGUUUGGUUUCUCCUGCCACCCUUCGCUGCUAGGUUGCAAUUCGGCAUGUCCUUGCUGUGUUCCCAUUUCCCUCUGCAUCUUCACAACAGCUGCUGCUUUCUCUCGACACAACCCCUCCCCCCCCCACCACAUUCAGGCUACUGAGGAACUGGUGAGGAACCCACCCUUUUCUCCUUCCUGUCCCCUUUCAAUGCAGAAUCCAGAUAGCUAGGGAGACAACUAGUUGUGGGGAGAAUCCCCAUGCACUCUGGAAGGUGGAGUUGGGGGCCUAGAGAGACAUCUGUUGCCCAGUGUCUCCUACAUGUUUAGGAGGGUAUGACUUUUAGAUGAUUGGGCUUCUGACCCUUUUUUCUUUCUUCAGUCUUUACUCAUUGGCUAAAGCUGGCUCCCACCUCUCAUAUCCAAGCACUGAGUUUUGGUCCGACCCCUCAUAUUGCACAGGGUGGGCUUUUCUGUUCCAGCCCGGCAUGAGCUUCUCGUUCUUUCUGAAGUUGCACAAGCUGGGCUCCCCUCUGUCACCUGUCCUAGUCCCAUGAUACAGUGAACACACAUCUUUGCACACUUGCCUCGUCUUCCUGAGAAUCGUUUUGCACACCUCUCUCUCACACCUGCCCCUUGGUUCAGGCUGUCAAGAGCCCUCCAAGACAAUAACCAAGAGGCUUGGCUUUGAUCCCUAGUGGAUAGAGCUGCUAAUCUGAAUGAAUUUUCCAUACCCAACCAUUGCUAGAUCCUGCUGUUUUUGCUCCUUUUGGAAUGUGGUGGGUUUUUAAUCUUCCUUUGCUUUUAAUGACAAAAAAAUAUUUGCACAUGUAGGUAUUCUACAACCAGUAAACUCCUCCCUAUUAUUAACCAGCUGCCCCUCCUCCUAAAUCAGCUGCUUUCUCCUAAUCCCUCUCUCCCCAAAGUAUUCUCCCCUCCAACCAAAACCACUUCUCCAUAACUGCUCUCCCUACACCCCCACCCCCGCUGCACCCUCCAUUUCCUCACAACUGAUCAAGUGGACCGUUCCUUUAUUAUAUUAUUCCUUUUUUGUGCUUCCCCCUCUCUCCCUCCCCUCCCACCCCCCGUUUUUGGUUCUGAUGAAAAUAAAAGUUUCUAAAUUUA